GUUUCAUAGUGUUUUGUUUGAAAGCGCGUGUUGUUUCAACAUGAUUUAUUUUGCUCUAAUAAUUUUUGUCCUCGUAGUUCUGUACUGUUACGGCACGAGAACUUUUAAAUAUUGGGAAAAGCGAGGAGUCAAACAUGAAAAACCGAUACCAUUUUUCGGCAACAGCUUAAGUUUGUAUUUUGUACAAAAGAGUAUUACGCAGGUGGCUGCUGAUCUCUACUGGAAAUACCCUAAUGAGAAAGUCGUUGGUUUCUUUGAUUCCUGUAAGCCGGAUUGAUAAUAAGAGAACCAGAAAUAGUGAAACGCAUCCUUGUAACCGAGUUUCUACCCAAGAGGUUUAAAUACUCAUAAAACUGUCAUCGAGCCUUUGUUGAAGAAUUUAAAGAAUUUAUUCUUCACUGAUGGGGACGUUUGGAGGUUGUUAAGACAGUGUAUGACUCCAGCGUUUACAUCAGGAAAGUUGAAAGCAAUGUUUCCUCUCAUUGUGUAACGCGCCGAAAGGUUACAAAAUAAAGCGAUUAAUGCUACAAAAACCGGUCGAGUCCUGGAUGCCCGUGAGAUAAUGGCCCGUUAUACUACAGAUUUUAUUGGCGCUUGCGGUUUUGGCUUUGAUGCAGAUUCUCUUAGUGAUGAGAAUUCAGCUUUUAGAAAACUUGGUGCCGAAUUUUUCACAUUUGGUUUCAGUGAAAUUUGUAUACGAAUACUCAAAGAGAUGUUUUCUGGAGCAUGCAAACAGUUGAAAUUAUUAGGGAAAAUAGAAAAAGAUAUGACCAAUCUGGUUAAAAGUAUUAUGCAAGAAAGAAAUUAUGGGCCAUGCGGUAGGAACGAUUUCAUAGAUUUACUCCUUGAGUGUAAGAAAAAGGAAAGAUGAUUGGGGAAUCUAUAGAGAAAACAAAAGCUGAUAGUACUCCUGAAAAAGUUUCUUUAGAGUUGGACAAUUUGCUUAUAACUGCUCAGGUAUUUAUAUUUUUUGCCGCGGGUUUCGAAACUUCAUCUUUAGCAACUAGUUUUACUCUACACCAGCUCGCAUUUCAUCCACAAAUCCAAAAAAAAGUACAAAAAGAAAUCGACAACGUUCUAUCAAAGUAUGACGGCAAGCUUUGCUACGACGCGAUAAAGGAAAUGAAAUACUUGGAUUGUGCCUUUAGAGAAGGUAUGAGAAUGUUCCCGUCCUUAGGAUUUUUGGUUAGAGAAUGUGCAUGGAAAUAUACAUUUCCAGAAAUUAAUCUGCGUAUUGAUGAGGGGGUAAUUGUAAUUAUCCCAUUACAAGCGAUGCAUAAUGAUCCACAGUAUUUUGAAAAUCUAAACCAUUUCAGUCCAGAGCGCUUCUUGCCUGAAAACGUUAAUUCUAAAACCAAAUACGUAUAUUUACCGUUAGGCGAUGGACCUCGAGCUUGUAUUGGUGAACAAUCACUAGCGGGCCUACCAGUUAUACUAUCUCCAUAUUCAGUUGAGCCUGCUCCAGAUACCCUUAGAUAUCCUGUUGUGAACCCUACUUCAAAUAUUGUACAAAGUAUAAAGGACGAACUGCUUCUGCUUCUCUAAACAAUUUAGAGAGAGAACUGAUUAAUUCUAUUGUAUCGUUAUGUUUAAAUAUUAAGUUAUUUUUGUCUAAUAAUUUAUAUAUAGCAAUCAUUUUCAUUAUAAAUUAUCAAACAAGUAUUUGCUUAUUAUCGGUCAACUUAUUUGUGAUGUAAUAAUAUACUCUAGACCGAUCUAUACUUCAAAACACCUGUAUUCAGUAUUGGACUUUCACGAGUUGAAAUAAGUGUCAGAAAUUUUAAAAAAAUAAGAGCACUUUUAGUCUAUACCGUGUCUGCUAGUGUAAAACUGGUUUUCAUAAGGACUUAACCUUAUUGAAUAUCUACUUUUUUUCUUAUCGGCUUCUUCUAUUUAAUAAAUAACCAAAGUGGUCUUAUAUCAUUCACGAGCUACGAGAUGAAAUGGUGUGGUGAUCCUUCACCUUAUAAUACACUUAAUCAAAUGAUUUCACCACUUAUAUGUACUGCUAAGUGAAUGAAAAUCGCGGGUUGUAAUUUUUUUUUUCUUUUAACAAAAAAACGUUAAAUAUUAACAUUGGAUUCAUUAUUUAAAUGUUUGUACAGUAAUCAAAUAAACUAUGUUCAAAGGGGUAGCGGCUUUUCUGCGUUGUGUAUUUUUUUAUAGAAUACGGAUGACAAUGAGCCCACAGCUUUUAUUUUUAGUUGUUAGCAGGAAGACGCUGCUGAUCUUCUCAAGUUUCAGUUUCCUUCUGCCGCCUCGUACGACUCCCACGGGAUGAUGUGGGGUAGUGGAUAUUCUUACACAACUAUUACACGGUCGUAUAUAAUAUAAUAACAUUAUAUAUACAAAAUGGAAAACUAUGACAGACCCAUUGGUAACUAAAAUGUUUUAUGAUGCAUUCAAAAAUACCUUAAAAAUUUGGAGCUUACCAUUGCAUAGCGAAACCGAGCAGAACAGGCUCCUUAAGCAAUACAUGUUCAUAAGUAUGACAUGUGGCACAUAUGUUAACGGCCAUAAAACCAAAUAAUAAUAAUAAAUAAUAAUAAACUUUAUUUUUGACAU